AAGGCACACCGUUUACCACAGCACACCCGCCCUGCUGGAACUAUGCCGCGGGGCCGGCCUCGCAAACUGAGAGUUAAAAGCAGCGACGGAACAGAUACGGAGCCCAGCGAACAAAAGGCUGACAGUUUAAGUGAUGGAGAGCUCGCUGAGAAGAAAUGCACAAUAUGCUCCCAGGUCUUUACCACUGAGAGCCAGCUGCAGAGACAUCAUCGUGAGCACGAGUCCAAUGAUAAGCCUAAUCGAUGUGACCACUGUCCUCAGACAUUUAACAUGGAGUUCAACCUUAAACUCCACAAGUCCACGCACACAACCUCUGACCCCACCUGUCCUGUGUGCCAUAAAAAGUUCUCCCGUGUUGCCAGCCUCAAAGCCCACAUCAUGAUGCACGAGAAGGAGGAGAAUUUGAUAUGUACAGAAUGUGGAGAUGAGUUCAUUAUUCAGAGUCAGCUGGCGCUCCAUUUAGAGGAGCACCGUAAAGAGCUGUCAGGUGUCAAAAUGUACGCCUGCAAGACCUGCGGCGAGGAGUUCAAGAUGUCCGCACACCUCAAGGAACACAUGAAGUGUCACGUCAAGAUGAGAGCGGUUACUUCUAGUUCCAGAAACUACAAGAAAAACAUCGAUCGCAGCGGCUUCACCAACAGCUGCCAUCACUGUGGAAAGGCGUUCAAGAAACCCAGCCAGCUGGUUCGGCACAUACGAAUACACACAGGUGAGAGGCCCUUUAAAUGCACACACUGCGGCAAAGCUUUCAACCAGAAGGUGGUGCUGCAGACUCAUAUGGUGCGCCACACGGGGGAGAAACCUCACGUCUGCAUGUUCUGCCCUGCUUCCUUCUCUCAGAAGGGGAACCUGCACUCUCACGUUCAGAGAGUUCACUCCGAGACUAAAGGGGUUCCGUUGUACCCAUGCAUGGACUGCAGCUGUGUGUUUAAGAAGCUGGGUAGUCUGAAUGCUCACAUCAGCAAGAUGCACAUCACUGUGAUUGAGGUGCACUCUGGCACUUCGGAGACAGACAAUACAGGACAAGCUAAUGGAGGAUCAGAUGGUGGUGAAGGAGUGACUGAUGUAAUUCAGCAACUUCUGGAGCUGUCGGAACAGGUCAGCAGUGAGACCACGCAGCCUCAACCUCCGGAACCAGCUAUUGCCAUGGAAACGGCUAUAAAUCAAGACAUCCUACAGCAAGCUCUGGAGAACAGCGGGCUGAGUGUGGUCCAGCCAGCUGCUGACGCCGCUCCCGCUCAGUCCCAGAACCAGAGCACUGAGGGCAAGAAAGCACCCGGUCCGGACAGACCACUCAAGGAGAAGAAAAGAAGUAUCUUCAAGAAACCUAUACAAAUGCCAGGCUCCAUCAGGGAAGAGAACGGCAUCCGCUGGCAUGGCUGCCCAUACUGCUCCAAAGAAUUCAAGAAACCGAGCGACCUUGUGCGCCACAUCCGCAUCCACACCCACGAGAAGCCUUUCAAGUGCAAACAGUGUUUCAGGGCGUUUGCUGUCAAGAGCACUCUCACCGCACAUAUGAAAACGCACACGGGAAUCAAAGCCUUCGAGUGCCAGUAUUGUCUGAAGUGCUUCUCCACUUCUGGAAGCAUGAAGGUGCACAUGCGGCUGCACACAGGUGUUCGUCCUUUCCCUUGCCCUCACUGUGACAAGAUCUUUCGUACGUCAGGCCACAGGAAAACGCACAUCGCCUCUCAUUUCAAGAACUUGCAGCAAAAGAAGCACAAAUUUCCACGAAAAGCCAACAAAACCAAAGUAUCCAAAAGUAACCUCCCUCUGCCCGACAUUCCUUUGCAGGAGCCAAUCCUCAUCACUGACUUUGGCCUCAUCCCAUCCCAGAACCCUCGCCUGUCUUUCCAACAGUAUCUGGAGGUGGUGGGCAGCGACCGACCCCACAAGUGCCAGUUCUGUAAUAAAGCCUACAAAAAAUCCAGCCAUCUAAAGCAACAUGUCAGGUCUCAUACGGGAGAAAGGCCGUAUAAGUGUGUGCAGUGCAGUCGAGGAUUCGCCUCCUCGGGGGUCCUCAAAGCUCACAUUCGCACUCACUCGGGCCUGAAGGCCUACAAGUGUCUGACCUGUGACACAACAUUCACGACCAGCGGGAGCCUCAGACGCCACAUGACGACCCACAGUGACCUACGACCUUACAUGUGCCCCUACUGCCAGAAGACCUUCAAGUCAUCACCAAACUGCAGGAAGCACAUGAAGACCCACAGGUUUGAACUCGCUCAGCAGCUGCAGCCUCCACCGACAGAAGACUCCUUAGGAGGGACCAAUGUGGCCCAUGACAUGCAGGUGGAACUGGAGGGCGACUCCCUCCAGCAGCCACCUCCUCCCACAGCAGACCAGCAAAGCAUGCUGGGACUGGGCCAGGCAGAAGUUGUGAAUGGAGGCCAGCAAGUGACCCUGGAGGCGCCUUUGACUGACCAGCCAUUAGUACAGGGAGAAGAUUCGUAUGUGACGACCCAACAUGCUUUGCCCCAAAAUAUCAGCCAGUUUGAGACACCAGCACUCCCUCAGCCUGCCUUUGAUCAGCAAACGCUAACACAAGGUUUCAACAUUACUGAAAGCUACAGCCAGCCUCAGUUUUCUGCUGUCCAGCAGCUGCAGGAUUCCAGCACCUUAGAGUCUCAGGCUCUGUCGUCCAGCUACCACCCACAGAAUCUGCUGCACGUUCCCACUGCUGAGGUGGCAAAUGGCCUUCUUCAGCAGAGCACUCAGGGUGAACUCCAGCUGCCCACCGAACCACAGGACUAUCAACAGGAGAGCGAGGACACCAGCAAGAGAUCCUACAGGUGCUCUUGGUGUAAUAAGGGCUUCAAGAAGUCGAGCCACCUGAAACAGCACGUUCGCUCCCACACGGGAGAGAAACCAUACAGUUGUCAUCUUUGUGGAGGCGUCUUUGUGUCAGCCGGCGUGCUUAAAUCUCAUCUCAACACCCACACAGGAGUGAAGCCCUUUAAGUGUACAAUAUGUGAUGCUUCAUUCACCACCAAUGGCAGCCUGAACCGUCACAUGAUCAUCCACAUCAAGACUGCCAAAUGCUCCGUGUGUGGUGAGAACUUCAGGACCAACCUGCUGUUUAGAAAGCAUAUGAAGAAGGAGCAUGCCAUCGAAGUCCGACUUGUAGAUAUGGAUAGUCAAGAUGAUGAAGAGGAGGAAGAGGAACAACAAAAGGUGUCGAAGCGGCGGUCCAUGGAUAUCAUCACCCUGACCGAGGAGCAGGCAGCGGAGUUGGCCAAGGAUCCGGGCGAGGAGGCCUCGGUGUCUGAGCGGAUACUCGCCCAGUCUGCUGCUGAGAGGAAUCGGAUCAGUGAGAUUAAAGACAAGGUUGGGGAGCUGGAAACAGAACCCAAGUUUGCAAAUUGCUGCAACUUCUGUCCUAAGAGUUUCAAAAAGCCCAGCGACCUGGUCAGGCACAUUCGAAUCCAUACUGGAGAAAGACCUUACAAGUGUGAUGAAUGUGGGAAGAGUUUUACAGUGAAAUCAACCUUGGACUGCCAUGUGAAGACACACACAGGACAGAAACUGUUCAGCUGCCACAUGUGCCACACCUCCUUUGCUACAAAGGGCAGCUUAAAGGUUCACAUGCGCCUUCACACUGGCUCCAAGCCAUUCAAAUGUCCGUUCUGUGAUCUCCGCUUUCGGACUUCAGGGCAUCGGAAAACUCACAUCCAGUGCCACUUCAGGACUAAUAAUGACAGUCGCAAGUCCAAGCGAUCUUCCUCAUCUAGUAGUCAAACCACUCAGGGUCAAGACCCAAGGACUGGGCAAGAUGUGGCAACAGGUCAAAGACAGCAGCAGGUGGCUCCGGAGGCCCUUCAGCCAGUGGGUCUCCUACAAACAUCCAACUCUGACCCCAACAUGUACCUUCCUCCAAACCAAGUCUUGACAGGGCAGUUUGACCAAAGUUUACUCCAACAAGGGCUGGUGGGACAAGCCAUAUUGCCUGCUUCCAUGUCAGCUGCAGGAGACCUGACAGUGUCUCUGACAGAUGGUCUGGCCACGCUGGAGGGCAUCCAGCUCCAGCUGACACCUGCUAACCUGGUUUGUCCCAACGUCCAGAUCUCUGGCAUCGAUACCAGCAACAUCAACAACAUCACGCUGCAGAUUGACCCUGGCCUCCUCCAGCAGACCUUACAGCAAGGCGGUCUCCUCUCUCAGUCUCUGAGCGUUGACACUGGCCUCGGCUCCCACUCAGGCAGCCAGCUUAUGUCGACCGCCGACCCUACAGUGUCCGCCAAUGUAGUCAUCCAUCCGCUGACGAGCUUGGCCCUGCAGCCCUCCACCAUCACCCCGACCCAAGUCACAAUGAGUGGACUCAGUGAGCAGGAUACGGCAGCUUCUCAAGACUUGAGCCAUGUCAUGGGUGGUUCUGGACUGGUGGCUGGAGGCACCGGAGCUCAAGAAAUAACGUUGACUAUUAACAAUUCCAGUUUAACACAAGCACUGGCUCAAGUCCAGGCCCAGGCCUCGACUACCGGUGCCAACUCUGCAGCAGGAAAUGCUCAGGAGAUCACCCUCACCAUAUCAGGUCAGGAUCUUCUCCCCCCUCAUGGGGCUGCUAAUUGCACAGAGCUGAACGGAACCAUCAGACUGGCGUCACCACUGAACAGCCAGCCUGCCGGUGCCACUCUGACUAUCACCAACGACCACCUUCUACCUCACAGUCCAGCCAACACGGAGAUGCCAGUCUCUAGCCUGCAGCCAAGGACCACUUUAUCCCACACCGCUGUGUCCCAGAGUUUAGUGAUGUCACCAGGAGGCGUGGCCACAGACAACAGUGUCACACUGACGCUUGCAGAAGCUCAGGGGAUGCUGGACGGUGUCACUCUUAACCUCAACACACAGGGUCAGAGUUUCCCUGCAGUCCUGAAUGACCCCGGUCUACCUGGACAACCAACUGCUUCAGGCCAGCAUGUAACCCUGGUCAGUCAUCAGUCCCAAGACAGGAACGGAGCAGCUGAUGGUGGAUAUCCUAUGACUGAUGAUGGUGAUAAGUGUAUGAAGGACAGACAGGCCGGUGCUGAUGAGUGUAAGCAGUGUUACUAUUGCAGUGAGGUCUGCCAGAAUGCCAACUCACUGCGACGCCACUGCAGACAAGCUCACGGCAAAGACCGCUGCCACGUCUGUGGUGUCUGUAAGAAGGCUUUCAAGCGAGCUACGCACCUGAAGGAACAUGAACGAGUGCACCAGCCAGGCCCGUCACCCAGCUCCCAGAAACCCAAAGUCUUCAACUGCACAUCCUGUGCAAAGGCCUUCGCCAAGCGCAGCCAGCUGGAGAGACACAACCGGACACACACAGGCGAGCGACCCUUUAAGUGCAGUCAGUGUGAAAAGGCCUUCAAUCAGAAGAGCGCGCUGCAGGUGCACAUGGUCAAACACACAGGCAAGAAGCCCUUCAAAUGUGAGGUGUGCAGCAUCCGCUUUACGCAGAAGAGCAACAUGAAGCACCACAUGAAGAGAGCGCACGGCUACGGGCAGAUCCAGGUCAUCUCAGUGGGUCCGGAAGAACCGAGGCCGCAGUCUGAGGCGACACCUGACCUUGACCUGGAAGUGGUUCCUGGGUCGUCUGGCGUCUGGCAGAAUGUCUUCCCCUGAACACAGAUGGCAAGUUGCUCUGCUCAAAACGCCGCUGAGUUUUUACCACGACACACGAGUAUCAAAGGCUCUGCCAAACACGCGUGCUGAGCUCCGAGCGUGAUUUGCUUACUGAAAGCUGUAAUUGCAGUGACUCUGACGGGUUUUUGCUCUCUUGUGUUCUGGGGCCCUUCACC